GCGGGAAGAUGGCGCCCCGCGCCCUGCCCCCGCCGCGCCGCCGCCCCGGCGGCCCCCGGGCGGGCGGGCCCUGACCCGGCGCGGCGGCGGCGGCGGCGGCGGCGGCGGCGGCGCGGGCGCAGCGCGGGCUGCCGGGGCCCAUGGAGAGCAGCAAGCUGGACCCCAUCAUCCGGGAUGUCUACGCGGCCGCCGGACACGUGCAGCCGGCGCCGGGCGACCCGGCGACGCGCAAGGGCAGCGGCUGCCGCGACCUCAUGGUCAAGCUGACGGAGGGGCAGUACGUGCUGUGCCGCUGGACCGACGGCCUCUAUUACCUGGGGAAGAUCAAGCGGGUGAGCGGCUCCAAGCAGAGCUGCCUGGUGACCUUCGAGGACAACUCCAAGUACUGGGUGCUCUGGAAGGACAUCCAGCAUGCCGGCGUCCCCGGCGAGGAGCCCAAGUGCAACAUCUGCCUGGGGAAGACGUCGGGGCCCCGCAACGAGAUCCUCAUCUGCGGGAAAUGCGGGCUAGGCUACCACCAGCAGUGCCACGUCCCCGUGGCCAGCGGCGGCGAGGGCCCGCUGGGGACGCCGUGGUUCUGCCGCCGCUGCAUCUUCGCCCUGGCCGUGCGGAAGGGGGGUGCCCUGAAGAAGGGAGCCAUCGCCAAGACGCUGCAAGCCGUCAAGAUGGUGCUGUCCUACGACCCCGAGCUGCUCGAGUGGGACUCGCCGCACCGCACCAACCAGCAGCAGUGCUACUGCUACUGCGGGGGCCCCGGCGAGUGGUACCUGAAGAUGCUGCAGUGCUACCGCUGCCGGCAGUGGUUCCACGAAGCCUGCACCCAGUGCCUCAGCGACCCCAUGAUGUUCGGGGACCGGUUCUACGUGUUUUUCUGCUCCGUGUGCAACCAGGGGCCCGAGUACAUCAAGCGCCUGCCCCUGCGCUGGGUAGACGUUGUGCACCUGGCGCUCUACAACCUGGGCGUGCAGAGCAAGAAGAAGUACUUCGACUUCGAGGAAAUCUUGGCCUUUGUCAACCACCACUGGGAUCCUUUGCAGCUCGGGAAGCUGACGGGCACCCCGGUCUCCGAGCGAGGCCCGCACCUCCUCAACGCGCUGAACAGCUACAAGAGCAGGUUUCUGUGCGGUAAAGAAAUCAAAAAGAAGAAAUGCAUCUUCCGCCUGCGCAUCCGCGUCCCGCCAAACCCCCCCAGCAAGGUCCUGCCGGAGAAGGUGCCGGGCUCGGCUGAGAGCCGCUCCGGCGACCUGAAGAAGAGAGGGAAGAGCAAAUAUGUCCAUAAAAGCGGCCUGCUGCCCCGGCAGCUCCAGCAGCAGAAGCAGCGAGCCGCGCGCAGGAAGAGGGCCAAGUUCCUGCUGGAGGACGCCAUCCCCAGCAGCGACUUCACGUCUGCCUGGAGCACGAACCACCACCUGGCCAGCAUCUUCGACUUCACGCUGGACGAAAUUCAGAGCCUGAAAAGCGCCAGCUCGGGCCAGACCUUCCUCUCGGACGUGGACUCCACGGACGCCGCCAGCACCUCGGGCUCCGCCACCACCAGCCUCUCCUACGAGUCCAGCCGCAGGACCGUGGGCAGCCGGAAGCGCAAGCUGGCGGCGGGGAGCUACGCGCCGGCGGGCAGGCGGCGGGGCGGCGGGCGGCCGGAGGGCGGCGAGGCGGCGGGCGGCCCCGAGCGCCCGGACAUCGACAGCCACACGUUCGAGAGCAUCAGCGAGGACGACUCCUCGCUCUCGCACCUCAAGUCCUCCAUCAGCAGCUACUUCGGGGCGGCGGGGCGCCUGGUCUGCGGGGAGAAGUACCAGGUGCUGGCGCGCAGGGUGACGCCGGAGGGCAAGGUCCAGUACCUGGUGGAGUGGGAGGGCACCACCCCGUACUGAGCCCGGCCAGCCGCCCCUGCGGAGCGGAGGAGGAAGAGGAGGAGGAGGAAGCACCCGGCCACCCCCUGCCCGGCUCGGCGGGCUCAGGGCCGAGCGGAGCGGCGGCCAGCCGGUGCCGUGAGCUGGGCUCUGCGGGCGUCGAACCUUGCAGGCUUUUUUUUAAUUAUUAUUCCAUUGCAUUUUUAAUAAUUGCUCUUUUAUCGGCCGCCCGUGUCCGGACAGCAUCGCCUCGCUGCCUUGUCCUGAGGCAGCCUCUGGCCAAGCCAGCUGCGCCACGGCAGCGGAUCCCGCUUUCCUCCUCGUGCCUCCCGGGGCAGAGCCGGCACCGCCGGGCCCCUGCCGCGCUCCAGGGCCGCCCGCGGACUGCGGCCGAGCCUCGAAUAAUGGCCCCGCGCGUCCCGUCGCUGGUGCAGAAAGUGGCUCCUCUCCCGCGCCGGAGCGCCGGCUGCUGCAUCCCUGCGCCGAUGGGAAAUAACAGGGGGCUGAUGCUCACCGCAGCCAUUAGAGUAUUUUCCUUCUCCUCCUCAAUCCGUUAUUAAUGCAACGUGGUUUGUUUAAAACGAGGGGAAAACAUCCUGUGAAUAGGUCACAGGCAGCUUUUGCGGCCGCAGGGCGGGUUUACGGGAUGGCUGCGACCCUCCUGCAGCCUCGAAGGCGUGGGAUGAUGCACCAGCGCCGCAUCCGCGUCCUCCCGGCAGUCGCGGUCCUGGAGCGAGCUGGGCAGAAUGGCGAGCGCGCCGUAAUGCCGCCACGGGUGCAGCCCCAGCAAGCAUCGCUGGAGGCCUUAUUUUCACAGGAAUCGUCGUGCUGCACGUGCUGAGCGAGAUGGACCAAGCCCACGGCACGUUGUCGCUGCUUUCGGCGCACGGCGGUGCCGGGGGGCGGCUGGGCGCGGGGGCAGUUCUCCUGCCCCAAGCCACGCGCAGCCCCCCUGUCCAAACCAGAGCAAUACUGUCAGGUCGGAACAAAACGCGGUCGUCCUGAGAAGCAAAACGCGGACUGUUUACAAACUCUAAUAGCAUCAGGCAUGUUAGAUUGUUUUCUUUUAAGAUAUAUAUAUAUAUAUAUAUAUUUAAUAUUGUCCUGCUCGUCUGUGCCCUGCCAGCUCGGUGCCGCCCCCGCGGCGGGCGCAGGGGAGCCAGGCGGUGCCGACGGACCGGGCUGCUGGGUGACCCCGCGUGCUGCUGCUCUCGCCUGCCUCCUCCAUCCCUCCGUCACCCCUGGUCCCCCUUACACCCGCUCCUGUGGUCUGGCGGCUGAAGGGCGAUCUGAAAAGCCGGGGGGCUGCGGUGGAGCGGGCUGCGUCUGCAAGCAGGAGGCUGCAGCGUGGUCCUUAAAAGCAAGCUUUUCUGCUUUGGUUACUUUUAAAAUAACAUAGCAGAAUGUCCGAGAUGGGGGGAGCUUCGGGGAUUUGCUGGUUUUAAUUUAUUUGGUAGCACGAGGACUUGUCUGCAGCCGAGCGGGUGCUGUUGGCGAUGCCCUGCGGUGCCUCACAGACGCUGAGACCCGACGGAGCCAUGGCAGCAGUGGGGAAUGUGCCUGCGAAGCGCCGGCCGGGCGCUGGGCUGCCUCGGCCGCUAACGGGAGCAGGAGUAGCCGUGAUGGCGGGUUUCAGCCUAGCUUUGAUUCCCCCUGUGCCGGAUUACCUUGCUGCGUUGGGGUGCUCCCCGUCCCAGGCCGGGAUCUCCCGCUCGGGACCUUCCCAGGGCGGCAGGUUUUGGUGCUCGGCGUCGGCUCGGUGCCGUGCUGCGCGGGUCGGGUGUCUGCGGGCUGGCGUUGCCGCAGCCGGGGCGUUCCUCUUCGGAAAGGCUCCUUCACGUAGCAAUUUGCAUCUUCUGUCAAAUGCUGCCUCUUGGUACAACCUCACCAGCACCCGGGCGAUUUGGAGAAAAUCCCUGUCUGCUGCCUGCUUCUGUCCCGAGCCCCCCGAAGGCUGGCUGAGAAGUGUCCGUGUUCUGGAUUUUGGGGGGGAACCAGCAGUUUUCUCCAGGGUUUCCGGAGCCGUCGUUGGAGUGUGACCCCGUGCCCGGUGCUUUUCGAAGCGAAGCCCCCGGUUUGGGGGUGCCAGGCUGAGCCGCGUGGAGAGGGAGCGAUGCCGCUGGCGGAGGCUGCGGGGACCAUCGGGGUCCGUGUCCCGGCUUGUCCCCAGGAGAAGCCACUGCUGGACUUCCCCAAACCACUCCGACUGGGAUGGCUGCAAGGUUUUUCACCUCCUUCUGCUUCGCUUUAAGUACUGCCCUUUCACCAGUGCCUAUAGAGCCCUUCUUGCCUGCCGCCGGGGCUGCGGGGCCGCCGCGUGCCGGGCCGCACUGCGUUCCUGCUCGCAGCCCUUCGCUCCGCCCCAGCCUGUGCCACAGAGCUGAAUGUGGAGCCGUGAAAAAUAUUUUUGUUCCAGAAUAUAUUUUGCAUUAGUCCUGAUAGAUACGAUAAUGAUUCUGUGCACCUUCUAAAGACUUAUGGUUUCAAGUUGCUGCUUGUAAUAACCGACUUUUGUUAUAUCCAAGUUGUAAUUAAUAUGUCUGACGUACAAUUAAAAAGUCUUUUUUUUUAACAGCA